AUGGCUUCUCUUCUGCAGGCGUCGAGUCACUGUAGGGUAGAACUCAAGCCCUCAUCGACUGCCCCAAGCCUCAUCCUUGUAAACGCCUUAAACGUUUUGAUGGGCUUGGUAACUUUUACCGACGCGUCGCAUAUCUCACUCUUCACGGACCUUCUUCGAGGGAAACACAAGAAGUUCGAAUUUCUUAUCGCUGUACGCGCUGCUUUUAAGUCGCUAAAAGAGGCUAUCGCCAACAUAGCUUCUGUAACACACCAUGACCCGACCACCCCACUAUCCCUCAGUACUGACGCCUCGGACGUGUCAGGCAGCGCUGUUUUGCAACAACGUGUAGGUGACACCUGGCAGUCCUUAGCGUUUUCGUCCAAACGCAUACAACCUACCGAACAUCGCUACAGCCAUAUACCAGCGAUACGCCACUUUCAACAGCUUUUAGAAGGCCGCUCUUUCACCGUAGUCACCGAACUUACGUUCUCAGCUCGACUACCGAUUGAUACUUUCCUAGAGGUUCGUGCCACCUUAACUAUAUCGCUCAGUUUACGACCA